CUCCAUUACGCAACCGAAAACCCAAUAGUUAGGUAGGCCACUGGGCCACCUAACGACUGACGUCAUCUCCAUCGUCGUUCACUCUCUCUCUCUCCGCGACUGAUUUGGCUGUUGACAGCUGGAAUGGCCGGUAAUACGAGGCUUGAUCUCAGUGGAGCAGCGAUUUGUGGAGAUUCAAUGGAGAGAGACCCCCCGAUCUGUCUCCCAAACCAAGCUUCAAAUGCCUCUCUAGCCUCUCUCGACAUUGGAGGGACAUUGAUCAAGUUGGUGUAUUUUGAAAACGGGAAGCUGAAUUUUGUGAAGUUUGAGACUAGCAGGCUAGAGGAGUGCUUGGAUUUCAUUCAAGAUAAGAAGCUUCUCAACGGAAGGCCUCCAGGAGUAUCAACUGCAAAUAGAGUGAUGAAGGCGACAGGUGGUGGAGCGUUCAAGUUUGCUGACGUUUUUAAGGAGAAACUAGGUGUUUCACUUGAUAAAUUGGAUGAAAUGGAUAGUGUUGUUGCUGGAGCAAACUUUCUGCUGAAGAAGAUUCCUGGUGAAUCCUUCACACACAUGAGCAGAAAAAGGAUGCCUGUACAUGUUAACCAAGAUAACUUAUUCCCGUAUCUCCUCGUCAAUAUUGGCUCUGGUGUUAGUAUGAUAAAGGUCACUGGAACCAAGAAAUUUGAACGAGUAACUGGAACACAUAUUGGUGGUGGUACAAUAUUUGGGUUGGCAAAACUUCUAACAGGAUGCAGGAAAUAUGAUGAAUUCUUAAAGUUGAGCCAGCAAGGGGAUAAUCUUGUUCUGGACUUAAUAGUUAAAGACAUCUGUGGAGAACUAGCUUGUCAGAAGCAAGGCCUUUCAGCAUCAACUCUUGCUUCCAGUUUUGGAAAGGUGAUAAGUUCUCAGAGGAAGCUUACAGAUUACAAAGCUGAAGACCUCGCUACAACAUUGUUAAGUGCAUUUACUUAUAACAUCGCACAGGUCUCCUUCCUCGUAGCAUCACUUCUUGGUCUCAAUCGAGUCUACUUUGGGGGAUCUUAUAUCCGUGGUCAUGCCAGUAUAAUGGACAAUAUUUCUUAUGCCAUUGAUUAUUGGUCCAAAGGUCAAAUGCAAGCAGUUUUCCUACGACACGAGGGGUUUUUAGGAGCUCUAGGUGCGUUCAUGAGCUAUGAAAGCCUUAACAUCAAUGGCUUGAUACUCAAUGAUUUAAAAGAACAAGAAUCUUCUCAUAAAGAUUCUACACCUAUAGAUGCAAAAUUUACUAGUGACCUUAACGAUAGCAACAUAUUCCCAUAUCUUCUUGUUAAUAUUGGCUCAGGUGUCAGUUUGAUUGAGGUGAUUGGGAAAGGGAAGUUUGAGCGCAUCAUUGGGACACAUUUAGGUGGUGGUACCAUACUUGGCCUUGCAAGACUUUUGACUGGAUGUACGAGUUAUGAUGAGUUCUUAGAGUUGAGUCAGAGGGGAAAUAAUUUAUCAGUGGACCUGACAGUUGGUGAUAUCUAUGGGGGGCACGGUUACCUGAAGCAUGGACUUCCAGCAUCGACUACCGCUUCUAGCUUUGGAAAGGUAUCAUCAAACAAGCUUUCAGAUUACAAAAUAGAGGAUCUGGCCGCAGCUCUCUUGAAUGCUUUCACAUACAACAUUGGACAGAUUUCGUACUUUGUGUCAAAACUCUCUGGACUCAAAAGGAUAUUUUUCCGAGGUUCAUACAUAUGUGGUCAUGCUAAGACAAUGGACAAGAUUUCUCGUUCACUGAAGUAUUGGUCCAAAGAUCAAAUACAAACAACAUUUUUAUGCCAUGAAGGAUUUAUGGGUACUCUUGGUGCAUUUUGGAGUUAUGAGAACAUGGGGAUCAAUGAUGUGGCAGCACAUGAAUUCAUGAAAGAAGUGCUGCUAUCUGCACCGUAUAUGGGAGGGAAGAGCCAGUCAUCACCUCAGGAACAUUUUCAUGGGAAGGAUGAUGAAACAAACCUAAGAGGUGAAAUAGAAAGCUUGAAACACAGCAAUGCAGAGCUCAGGGCUGAAGUAGAAAGAUUGGAGCAAGAAAAAUCUGAGCUCAAAGCUAGACUAGAAAAGCUGCAGCUGAUCAUUAGCUCACAAAAUCGUUGAUCUGAUGAUGAGUUGGCUACAUGAAGAAGCUUGGCGUUUGGGAACGAGUGUACCGAAAGCUUCGACGCAUUUAAAGGGCCAAGCUCAAAGUUGGAAACUUUUGGUAAGUGGCUUGUAAGUUUGUUCUCUAUUUAUUUUGCACGGACAUGCUGCAUGGUUAGCUGCGGAUAUACCUUGUGUAAUAUAAGUGUAGCCACUUACAUGACCAUUUUUGUUGUCAUGUGAUUCUCGAAUGACAUCUCUAGCUAAGUUAGAAAAUAAUAUCAUCCGGAGUCCAGAAGUGUAAGAACUAAUAUAGCAUUUUUGGAGUCCAGAAGUGUAAGAACUAAUAUAGCAUUGUGCUGCCAAAGUACUCGUCUAUUUAUAUAAUUAUCAACUCUUUAUAGGA